AAGGGUUAUAAGGAGUUUAAAUGAUAAAAUACCAAUGAAUAAGGGAAUGUUGACAACAUCAGAGACACCAGUUAAGAAGAUCAUAAAUAUAAUAAAAAAAAACAAAUAUAAAGAGGAAAAAGAAGAAGAAAUGGAUAGAUACGGGAGAUUUUCUAUUAAUAGAAAUGAAUCGGAUAGAUUAUUAGGGGGGGAUCAAGGAAAUAAUAGUAUUUUAGAUAUAUCCAGACGGGGAGAUAUAAAAAAAGAAAUAAAUAAUUCCAAGGAAACUAAUAGAACGAUUUCUAAUAAUUAUUCAUAUUUUAUACAUCCUAAAGAGUUAGAAAUGAGGAAUGAUGAUGUAUAUUUUUUUCAGCAAAAUAAUAAGGGUCAUAUGAAGAAACAUAGUACAUAUGAAUUAAAUACAGAAGAUCAUCAUGAUAAAGGAGGAGAAAGAAGGAUAGAAGAGGGAAAUGAGGAAGAAGGGGUUGUAUCUAAAGUGGUGAAAAAAAGUAUAAAAGAUUUUGUACUUGGACGUACACUUGGAGAAGGAUCGUAUUCAACGGUUAUUUCGGCUAGAGAUAAGCAGACGUCAAAAGAAUAUGCAAUUAAAAUUCUGGAUAAAAGACAUAUUAUUAAAGAAAAGAAGGUUAAAUACGUGUAUAUAGAAAAAGAUACAUUGAAUAAACUUGGAAACCAUCCGGGAAUUGUUCAAUUAUAUUAUACAUUUCAGGAUGAAAGAAAUUUAUAUUUCGUUUUAAGUCUUGCGGCAAAUGGAGAACUUCUUGGAUUCGUUAAACAUUUUGGUUCAUUGAAUGAAGAAUGCACUAGAUAUUAUGGUGCCCAAAUUUUAGACGCUGUACAAUAUAUACAUGAAUGUGGUAUUAUUCACCGCGAUCUUAAGCCAGAAAAUGUAUUACUUGAUGAUAAAAUGAAAAUCAAAAUUACAGACUUUGGUACUGCAAAAAUAUUACAAUCACCUUUAGAACUUAAUAAAACGAAUAAAGAUGAAAAAUAUGAUGCUACUGAUAAUAAUGACAAACAUCAUAGAGCAAAUUCUUUUGUUGGAACAGCUGAAUAUGUAUCCCCAGAAUUAUUAAUGGAUAAAGUUGCAUACAAAAGCUCGGAUAUAUGGGCAUAUGGAUGCAUAAUAUACCAGCUUUUUGUGGGACGACCACCCUUUAAAGCAUCAAAUGAAUAUCAAACAUUUCAAAAAAUCAUUAAUCUUAAAUACCAGUUCCCUUCCAAUUUCCCGCCAAAUGCUAGGGAUCUCUGCGAGAAAAUAUUAAUCCUUGAUCCUUUAAAAAGACUAAGUAUAAACGAACUUAAAUCUCAUGUAUUUUUUAAUGGUAUGCCAUGGGGAAAAGUUCUAUGGAAAACAAAUCCACCUAAAUUAAAACCAUAUAAAACUUCCAUCAUUACAGAAAGUCCUCGAAUACCCUCAAAUGUUAUAAAGCUAAACUCGAGUACCAAUUCAACAUUAUCACAUGAUAUUACAGAUAAACAAGAAAAACAUAAACAAUUAUCAAAUUGUUCACAAAAUGUGCCAGAACAAAAUGAAGAAGAUCCAUCACUAUCUCGAUUAAAUGAAUUAUGGUCAUCGGUUUUAGUUUUACCUAAUGAAAGACUUUUACGUCUUGGCCAAGUUUCAGUGUCAACAGGAAAAGGUGUAGGAGAAGAUGGUAUUUUAUCAGGUAAAUCACCUAGUAGACUUUCCAGGUUUCUUCAUCGGAAAAAAACUCGAAAUCUUCUUAUUACAAGUGAGGGAAGAGCUUUAUUAGUUACUGAAGAAAGUAAUGGGGAGAAAAAAAUCAAAAGUGAAAUCCCUUUAGGAAAAUCAAAUAUAAAAAUAAGACUAGAAGGAAAUAGUGGAAGACUAUGGAUAAUAGAAACCCCAAAUAAAAUUUAUAAUUUUGAUGAUCUUCAUGAACGUGCUGUAGAAUGGGUAGAACUUAUUGAAAGAGUUAAUAAAGAACGAUGCAACCGUUAAUAUUUAAAUAUCCAAAAAAACAGAAUAAACAAUCAUCACGAUAA